UUCAUAAACUAUUGCAUUGAGUUGUAUUUGAUACUUCGGAGUUGCUGAUUUGAGUUUUGUCACUUUAUUUGAAAGAUUCAUUGCAAGGAGCUGUUCCAAAAGCAGAUUCACAAAAUUAUACAACCAUGGCUCGCAUGCUGAGCAAGGACCCAAUGGAUAUUGAGAAUAUAUUGGCGUUGAAUCCAAGAACUCCUGUUCAUGCAUUUUUACAUUCAACAGCAGUAAAGAAGCAGGUGAAAAGACACUGGAAACGGAACCAUGACAAGAACUGUUCUAAAUGCGAUCCGAUGGAAAAUAAUUUUGAUGACAUCAAACACACAACUCUGGGUGAGAGAGGAGCACUUCGAGAAGCAAUGAGGUGCUUGAAGUGUGCAGAUGCUCCUUGUCAAAAGAGCUGCCCAACUAACCUGGAUAUCAAGUCAUUUAUCACAAGUAUUGCCAACAAGAACUACUACGGGGCUGCAAGAACUAUCCUUUCUGAUAACCCGCUUGGUUUGACAUGUGGAAUGGUAUGUCCAACAUCAGACCUCUGUGUAGGUGGAUGCAAUUUAUAUGCAACGGAAGAAGGGCCAAUUAAUAUCGGAGGACUGCAACAAUUUGCUACUGAGAUUUUCAAAGCUAUGAAUAUUCCCCAGAUAAGAAGUCCAAUUCUUCCCCCAAUUGAAAACAUGCCUCAGUCAUACAGAACUAAAAUUGCGCUUCUUGGUGCUGGUCCUGCAAGUAUAAGCUGUGCUUCUUUCCUGGCUCGACUCGGCUAUUCUGACAUUACGAUAUUUGAGAAACAACAAUAUGUAGGGGGAUUGAGUACAUCAGAAAUUCCUCAGUUCCGAUUGCCAUACGAUGUUGUCAAAUUUGAAAUUGAGCUGAUGAAGGACCUUGGAGUUAAGGUAAUUGAGGGCAAGGGCCUGGGAAUAAAUGGAAUGAGCAUCCAGUCUCUGAAAGAGGAAGGUUUUGGAGCAAUAUUCAUUGGUAUUGGUCUUCCGGAGCCCAAGAUUGAAGCUGUUUUUGAUGGUCUUACAACAGAACAGGGAUUCUACACAUCAAAAGACUUCUUACCACUUGUGGCUAAAGCUAGCAAACAAGGGAUGUGUGCCUGUCGCUCUCAAUUGCCAUCCAUAAAGGGAUCCGUGAUCGUCCUUGGAGCUGGAGACACUGCUUUUGACUGUGCAACCUCUGCGCUACGUUGCGGCGCACGCAGAGUGUUUGUGGUCUUUAGAAAGGGCUUCACUAAUAUUAGGGCUGUUCCAGAAGAGGUUGAGUUGGCCAAGGAAGAGAAGUGUGAAUUUCUUCCCUUCCUUUCUCCUCGCAAAGUUAUUUUAAAAGGUGGUAAAAUCAGCGCUAUGGAAUUUGUUCGGACAGAACAGGACGAGGAAGGAAACUGGAUUGAGGAUGAGGAUCAAGUUGUUCAUCUGAAAGCAGAAGUGGUUAUCAGUGCGUUUGGAUCUGUAUUGAGUGACCCAGAUGUGAUAAAUGCAAUGAAGUCUAUAAAGUUUAACAGAUGGGGUCUACCUGAAAUCAAUCAGGAAACAAUGCAAACCAGUGACCCUGGAGUGUUCGCUGGGGGAGAUAUUGGAGGUUUGGCUAAUACUACUGUGGAAUCCUGUAACGAUGGAAAACAAGCAUCGUGGCAUAUACAUAAGUAUAUACAGAGUUCACAAGGUGUGUCGAUUCCUGAAAAACCUGAGCUACCACUCUUUUAUACACCAAUUGAUUUGGUAGAUAUUAGCGUGGAAAUGGUCGGACUGCAAUUUAUGAAUCCUUUCGGCCUUGCAAGUGCGCCUCCUACUACUAGCGCUCCAAUGAUUCGCAGAGCCUUUGAGGCGGGUUGGGGAUUUGCAGUAACAAAAACCUUUUCUCUCGAAAAAGAUAUAGUGACAAAUGUUUCUCCACGGAUUAUUCGUGGAACAACAUCAGGUCCUUUAUAUGGCCCAGGACAAGGAUCCUUCCUAAAUAUAGAGCUCAUUAGUGAAAAGACCACAGCAUAUUGGUGCCAGUCCAUCACUGAGCUAAAGAAGGACUUUCCAAAACACAUCCUUAUUGCAAGCAUUAUGUGCAGUUACAACAAGGAUGAUUGGACAGAACUUUCCAAAAUGGCCCAGGCCUCUGGCGCGGAUGCUCUGGAACUAAAUCUUUCUUGUCCCCAUGGAAUGGGAGAGAGGGGCAUGGGACUCGCUUGUGGACAAGAUCCAGAACUGGUUCGAAACAUCUGUCGAUGGGUUAGACAAGCUGUCAAAAUUCCUUUCUUUGCCAAACUGACCCCAAAUGUCACAGAUGUUGUGAAAAUUGCAAUGGCAGCCCAAGAAGGUGGUGCAGAUGGUGUUACAGCAACCAACACUGUUUCAGGACUAAUGGGAUUAAAAGCAGAUGGAACACCUUGGCCAGCAGUUGGAAGAGGGAGCAGGACCACAUAUGGUGGAGUGUCUGGAAAUGCCAUUAGGCCUAUUGCUCUGAGGGCUGUAUCUGCAAUUGCCCGGGCUUUACCUGGAUUUCCCAUUUUGGCAACUGGUGGAAUCGAUUCAGCAGAGAGUGGAAUGCAGUUUCUUCACAGCGGCGCAUCAGUACUACAGGUGUGCAGUGCAGUGCAAAAUCAAGACUUCACUGUAAUUGAUGACUUCUGCACUGGCCUGAAGGCUCUGUUAUACCUUAAGAGCAUUGAUGAGCUUCAAGGUUGGGAUGGUCAAAGUCCACCUACAAUCCGCCAUCAAAAAGGAAAAGCUGUUCCUAAAGUGGCAGACAUUGCGGGACAGAAACUCCCAAGUUUCGGACCAUAUUUAGAGAAGAGAAAACAGCUUAUAGCCGAAAGUAAGAACAUCGCUUUAACAAAAACUGAAGAUUUAAAGACAAAUGAAAAGAAACAUUUUCUUCCAACAAAACCCAUACCAGCAGUCAAGGAUGUAAUUGGCAGAGCAUUAAAAUAUAUUGGAUCAUAUGGUGAAUUAAACAUUCAAGAACACGUUGUAGCCCUGAUUGACGAGGAAAUGUGCAUUAACUGUGGAAAAUGCUACAUGACCUGCAAUGAUUCUGGUUAUCAGGCUAUCGAGUUUGAUCCUGAGACCCACCUGCCUACUGUCAAUGACAACUGUACUGGUUGCACUCUGUGUUUCAGUGUCUGUCCUAUUAUUGACUGCAUCAAAAUGGUUACCAGGACAACGCCUUAUGUACCAAAAAGAGGUCUGCCCUUAACUGUGAAUCCAGUGUGUUAAGGUGACCAGUUCAACAAUUAAUGUGGUCUCCUCAUCUUCCACUGCCACCUUACCGUCUCAUUAUAGUACAUUAGUUAAAAUCAACUCGGAUUAAUUAUAUAUAUAUAUAUAUGUGAUUUUAUAUUCACUGGUAUUUGCAUUAUUUGCUGCUUGUUUUAAUUAGCUCAUAUUGUAAAAUACAAAUAACGAUUUCGAGUUCAAAAAUAAAAUCAUAUUGCUUUAUGGAAUAGCCCAAUGUUUCCACUUGCAAUUAGUUAGUUCAAUACAAAGUACAGUAAAAUGUUAAAAUGCAAAAAUGGUAAAUGAAGAUGAAUGGAAAAAUACUGUAAAACUAAAAUUAAUCCUCCCCAUCUGUGUUUUUUUUUUUUUCUUCUUUUAUAUGCUCAUAACUGAAAUACAUAAUUAGUUAUUUGAAAAACAACAAAUUAAGGGAAUAAUUACUUUUGUGUGCAGACAGUAGACUUACAAUAAGGAUUUAACACUGGAUUAAGUACUUUGUGUAGUGUGUCCACUGAUAAAACAUAAUGCAUUUCUUAAUCCCUAGUACAUUAGAACUCAUAAUGGCUCUGUACAAGACAAAAACCUCAACUAUUUACAAACACUGAUCCAUUUUAUUGUUUUUUUUUUUCUUUUCGCUAUGAGCUGUUUGUAGGGAAGCUUCCUCGUUUGAGUAGAUGUUUUAGAAAACUCUCUAUGUCGCUUUCAUGUGGGAAUCUCUGGUAAUAUAAAUUUAAUUUCUGUCCCAAAGUGUCCUAAUAGCCUGAGCUAGGGACAAAGGGAGCAACUCUAUAUAAACGUUAAUAGUGAUGGUCAAAAGAGUUUAGAUCACAGAUCCUAUUAAAAAGGAUAUAUCAUAUAUCAAUAAAUAAAAUGAGCUUGUACUUAAUUUCUUUGUUAAUUUCUUGUAAUAAUUUACUGAAUCUAUGAAGAAUUCUAUAUUACCUACUUAAACAAAAACAAUGCCAAUUAUAUUUGUAUUCAAAUGUAUAUCCACUUGAUUAAAUAAAGUAUAUUAAGCAAUGCAA